ACUCCUUAGAUGCUGCCAUUAUUAUUGUGACUCUACUGGUUGAUAUCACUUACCUUUUUUAUGAUUUUACACUUAUUAAAAUUUUUCCCAGGUUGAGAAUUAUUUUACAACCUGUAAGACUUGUCAUUCUGAUAAGAGUUUUUCAUCUGGCUCAUCAAAAAAGACAUCUUGAAAUGUUGACCAGAAGGAUGGUUUCAGGAAACAAACGGCGGUACAAGAAGGAUGGAUUUGACUUAGACCUCACUUAUGUUACUGAGCGUAUUAUUGCCAUGUCAUUCCCAUCUUCUGGAAAGCAGUCUUUCUACAGGAAUCCCAUUAAGGAAGUUGUGCGGUUCCUGGAUACCAAGCACCCAAACCACUAUCAAGUCUACAAUCUCUGCAGUGAAAGAGCUUAUGAUCCUAAGUACUUCCAUCAUAGGGUCCAUCGAUACUUGAUUGAUGAUCACAAUGUCCCCUCUCUGAGUGAGAUGGUGGCAUUCUCCAUGGAAGUGAAAGAGUGGAUGGCUCAAGACAAAGACAAUAUCAUAGUGGUUCACUGUAAGGGGGGCAAAGGAAGAACUGGAACUAUGGUCUGCGCCUACCUUCUUGCCAGUGAGAUAUUUGCCACCGCGGAGGACAGCCUGUAUUAUUUUGGAGAACGGCGAACAGAUAAAUCCACAAGCAGUAAAUUUCAGGGAAUAGAGACGCCUUCUCAGAUAUUUCAUGAUGCUGAAACAGACAGAGUAAUAAUCUUGCUCUCUAACUGCCCACCUCUGUAUGAUGAGGUAAAAGUGAAAUUUUUCUCUUCUUCGGCUCUUCCUAAAUACUAUGACAACUGUGCAUUCUUCUUCUGGUUCCAUAUGUCUUUUAUACAAAAUAACAGGCUUUAUCUAUCCAGAAGUGAAUUGGAUAAUCCCCAUAAAAUAAAAGCAUGGAAAACUUACAGUCCAGAGUUUGCAGUCGAGGUAUAUUUUGAUGACAUUUAAGUUCCUGGUAUCUGAUUAAGUAUAGUUCCCCUUCUAGGCUA